UGUCUAUUUCUUAUCCACUUCAAAAAAAAAAAAAAAAAAAACAGGGAGAAGAAUAGACCCACGUUCUCGUCGUGAUCCGCUACAAAAUAAUCUUUGAAACUAAGCCACACCCAAUUGAUGUUAGAAAACCGAUUCCUGUUGUAAAAAUUAGAGAAUCCAUGGCAUCCACAGCUUCUCUGCAGACGUUGUUUUCUUCGCUGGGAGUCAAGCAUCCGAGCGCAGGAGCUAGCGGAACAUCCCUGCGCAGGUCAACAGCAGCUGUGGGUUCAAAAGUUUGGUCGCUCAACGCAGGCGUGAGGGAGAAUAAGAAGAAAGGGAGGUCGCUGGCGGUGGUCGCAGCAGUUGGGGAUGUGUCGUCGGAGGGAACCACUUAUCUAAUUGCGGGUGCUGCCGCUGUGGCCUUAAUUGGAACUGCAUUCCCCAUACUCUUCUCCCGCAAGGACCUGUGUCCUGAAUGCGAUGGAGCAGGUUUCGUAAGACAAUCGGGGGCCGCAUUGAGGGCAAAUGCAGCCAGGAAAGACCAGGCUCAGAUUGUCUGUGCUCGUUGUAACGGUCUUGGCAAGCUCAACCAAAUUGACAAAUAAAAAAAGAACCAAGGACGCAAAAUCAGGAAGUAAUUAGUGAUGAGGCUAUGACAAAAGCAAGCACGGCCAAGGCGCUGACCCUGUCUAAGGAUGCAAACAGGAUAUCACAUUGGAGUUUGAAUUGGUAACUUACCAUAUAAUAAUAAUAAUGUUACCGGCUGAAGUCCCCACCCCACACGGGGGCCGGGUAAGAAGUAUCGAAUUUGAGGUCUCGCACUUAAUAAAUUGUAAAUUAUGCGAGAACCAUUAUGUUCGACAAAAGUGCAUUUACAAGUAAUACUUACUUUCUUAGAAUUAGGGGACUUAUUAUUGUUAAAAGGAAAUGAUAGUGGUACGCAACUACAUAUUACUGA